AUGGGUUUUCGUGCACUGAUGAAUUCCAUAGACUGGGAGCAAGAAUCUUACCCAAAAUACGAGGAUUUCGUUGCGCUUUCCUUCUUCGCUCUGUUUUUCCCUACAGUUCGAUUUUUGCUCGACAGAUUCAUCUUUGAGAAAGUUGGAAGGCGACUAUUAUACGGAAAGUGUACUCAAUUGGUGAAAAACGAAACAGAUGAACAAAAGAAGAAGAUGAGGAAGUUCAAAGAGUCAGCAUGGAAAUGCAUCUAUUAUCUUUCUGCUGAGAUACUUGCACUUGCAGUGACAUACAACGAGCCUUGGUUCGCAAAGACUAAAUAUUUCUGGGUGGGUCCCGGAGAUCAGGCCUGGCCUGACCAAGCAUACAAGCUGAAACUGAAGGGCCUCUAUAUGUUUGCUGGUGGAUUCUAUAUAUACUCCAUAUUUGCUCUUAUAUUUUGGGAAACAAGACGCUCGGACUUUGGGGUCUCUAUGGGCCACCACGUGGCAACAUUCAUUCUCAUUGUGUUAUCAUAUGUAUUCAGGUUUGCUCGUGUGGGUUCUGUUGUUUUAGCCCUUCACGACGCGAGUGAUGUGUUUCUUGAAGUUGGGAAGAUGUCGAAAUAUAGUGGGGCCGAAGCAGUUGCUAGCUUCUCGUUUGUUCUCUUUGUGUUGUCUUGGGUCGUGCUUCGUCUUUUAUACUACCCGUUCUGGAUUCUAUGGAGCACAAGUUAUGAAGUUAUUCACUACUUGGAUAAGGAGAAACACAAAAUCGAUGGACCAGUCUAUUACUACGUUUUCAAUUUCCUUCUUUUCUCGUUACUCGUUCUCCAUGUAUAUUGGUGGGUUUUGAUGUACCGGAUGCUCGUCAAGCAAAUCCAAGCAAGAGGGCAUGUCAGUGAAGAUGUUAGGUCCGAUUCCGAGGAUGAAGAUGAGCACGAGGAUUAG